AUGUGGAAUCCAAGGGACCAAGAAGAUGACUCCUGGGAGGUCAGGGCCUUCGCAGAGGACACCAACAACAUCAUGGGCACCACAUGGCCUCCAAGGUCCUACUCCUGCACCUUCUGUAGAAGGGAGUUCCGUUCAGCACAAGCCCUUGGUGGCCACAUGAACGUUCACCGCCGCGACCGUGCUCGCCUUCACCAACCAUCACCGAUCAACAACAGCCACCACCAACCCAUUUCCUCUCUCUCCCACUCACCCUCUUUCCUCAAUCUCUCUCACCCUCCGGAGUCUUUUGCAAAUGGUGGGGUGUGCCUCUUCUACCCCUUCCCUAGCCCUAACCCUGCUCCAUUCUCUCCUCUUGGCCACACCACUAGUUUCAAUACUGCAUGUGCUGAAUCUCCCUCCUCUCUUUUCUCUGUCUCUUCUUCCCUUUCACACCCUCCAAUGAGAGUCCCAACUUGCUCAAAUGCCUCCUUUGAUUUCUCAGUGGCGCAGCCUGCGGCAGGGAGGAGGAAUGUUUUCUCUCCUUAUUCUGAGAAAGUGGAGCAAGAACCGGCAACCUCCUCGGUCCAUCAUGGCCACCAUGAGGAGCUUGAUCUAGAGCUUCGUUUGGGAAAUAGAUCAACAUCAACGUCAUGA